AUGACCACAGCAACUGAUGUGACCAGUGCGUUUGAUAUAGAGUUCAGGUACAUGUACGAGAUACCUUCUCAUUCAGUGGUCCACAUGCCACAUGUGCAUCCAAGCAACCCGUACACAAUGAUUUGUACUCAUUAUAAACCUUACGACCCGAACUCAUGUCUUGCGGGUAGCGAUUGCAGGUUUCUACACGCCAAUGUUGAUUACAGCACGCUGAAGGCGCAUCCCAUUCAUGUGAAUUACAUAUGGCGCCACGAGCAGUGCUGUAUGUACGAACGCUGUCAAUCGGGUGAUGUGCUUGAGGUUCUGCUUCCCAAUAAUAAAAAACCAAUUGAGAGGAUUGCUAGCGGACUCGUUCUUGUUACACAAGCAGUUAUUCCUCGCCGGAGACCGAGGGCAAAGCCACUUUCUCAUUGCGCACAUUACUAUUUUAAUGGCGUAUGUCAUCGUGGCGCGUCCUGCAACUUUGUUCAUGCUGUUGCCGUCGACCCUGAAGUGGAUCUCAGCUCCAAACGUGUUCUUUGCCGCUCUCAUCGGCGCCAUCACGCCAGUGGUAAUAAAUCCGCUGUGAAGACGGCGUGUGGGAGCCCUCUCGACAGUUCUCCGAACCCGUGUGCUGCAGGAGUACCCGCCAGCAUUGCAACAAUGGUUUGUAAGCGAGCCCCUUCUACAGUUUACAGCGGCUCAUCAUUUUCCGCCUCUGCAGUUGGAAGUAUGCAAUAUGGACUUUCUGGAAGUGGCCAUCAACAUGAUGAUUGCACUACAUCUGACAUGAACACCAUUUCUGAUGGCAGUGCUCCUCGGCGCCCACGUUUCUACCGACAUAAUCCUUACCAGCAGCUGUAA